AAAUUUGCAUCCUCUCUUUCCCUCCAAUCUUCUCUCUCUAUAAAAUAAAACCCUCCUUUCUCUCGCUCUUCAUCCGGGUGCUUCUCCCCUCCCUUCUCUCCCCCGUUCAGAUUCGCAUUCUUUUUAUUAAUUUUCCGAUCAUUGUUUAAGCAUGUUUCAUUGUUGAUGAUUUUCAUUUCUUGAAUAACAAGUUUCUGUAAUUCUUUUUUUUUUUCUUCUAUGAUAAUUAAUUGUAUCAUGUUCUUUUGUUUUGUGGGUUUCGGUCAUAAUAGUAUCGCAGAAAUUUCCACCUGCCCUGUUUUUCGUUGAUGAUUGAUUAAGUUCUAUUGGUGAAGAAUUAUAGUAGGAAAUAAUAGAAAUAGUAGUAGUAAUUUCAAUUGACCAUUGAGUAUAAUUUAAAAAAAUUUCUUCGUGUUUAAUUUCUAAUUAAAACUGGGAAUAUUUCUCAACGAGAGUUUUAUAUUUAUAUAGAGAGAGGGAAUUCAUUCAGAAAGGAAACGCAAAAAGACACCUCCUCCACUUUAAACAGCGAAAUCGCCACCACCCGUACCGCAACAAAGUUCCAGGACUACCGUCUAAACGACGUUGCUUACAACUCCGAUAUCUUCCCCCUCUCUCAAGCCUCCCACUCAGUAGACAACUCUCGCUUCAUAAUGCGACACCAGGACCUAAUAAACCGAAGCGCACUCUGCCUCGCGCGCCUCCGUGAAGUAACCGUCGAAAUGGAGUGUCUCCGCCAAGACAACGCCGAUCUUCGAUCUAUCAAUCGCGAGCUCAACAAUCAACUCAGCGUCCUUAUCCAAGCCUCACUCCACAAACACUACAACGACUCUACAAGGACGCCGUUUGACAUUGAUAUUGGUUUCCACAAUUUGUGCAACAUCAGCAGCGGAGGAGGUGGAGGUCAUGACAUGUGCGAAGAGGAUGAAAGUCCGACGAGCGUCAUGGAGGCAGGGGGCGAUGACCGGGAGAGGAUUUCGCUGCCUAAGAGUAUUUCAGUGAGGUCUAAUAGCUACUCGAAGAGGAACCAGGAGCAGGCGGCUAGUGCUAGCGUGACUAGGGCCAUCACUCGGCUGAGAACACCGAGUCCACUCAAUACCGCGAAGGUUUAUGUGCGUAGAGGCAAGAAACAGGAGGAGCCACUUGAGCUGGAAGUGUAUAACCAAGGCAUGUUCAAAACAGAGUUGUGCAACAAAUGGCAGGAGACAGGGGCUUGCCUAUACGGCAACCAUUGUCAGUUUGCUCAUGGAAUUGAGGAGCUCCGCCCAGUCAUCCGUCACCCUCGCUACAAGACUGAGGUCUGCAAAAUGGUCCUUGCUGGUGGUAUCUGUCCUUAUGGCCAUCGCUGUCACUUCCGCCAUGCCCUCACGGAGCAGGACAGGUUCCUUAGCCACAUCAAGCCAGGGAAAUCAAGCCUGACAGGUAAAAUAAUGAUGUUGAUGAGAGAAGUAUAAUUGGGUUUAAUGUAGAGAGAUGUUUAUAAUCUUGUAAGAGAGUGGCAAAUAACAAUUAUACUUUUAAUCUGGUAAAGUAUAAAUAUAUAAUAAUAUAUCAGUUCAAAACUGGACAUGUGUAAGCUAAAAAUAAUUACUAGUAGAUAUGAUGAGGUAGAAAAACAGUUGCGAGUGAUUUUGUGCCCAGAAGGGGGAGAUCAGACAGAAAGGGGCUGGAAAGAGAAUAUUUCUCUUAUUCUUUUCUUUUUUAUUGUUAAUCCAAUAUUGCUCUUAUUAUUAUAUACGUCCCACUUUGAUUUCAAACCAAGAAACUAGUUGUAAUGAUGCAUUUUGAUUCUUGGAAAAGGAAGUAAUUUCUGAUUGGAGUAAUCGUUCACAA